GGAAUUCAUGGCGAAGCACUUCUUUGCAAAUCAUUCUAUCUGAUUCGGGAUACCUUCACAUGUGGUGAGCGAGCUGUUGAACAACAAUGCGACCCCGAAGCUCUGCGAGAUCUUGGAGUUCUCAAAAGACAGAUGACUGAACUGGGUGAAGAAGAAGGUUGUCCUCGUGAACAACCGGCCAAUUUGGACGAAAUCAUUGCAAGGCCAGUGAAACGACCGACACCACCACCUCUUCCCAGGUGA